CUCGACGACGAACUCCCCUUUCAGCGCAAUACUGGUCGGAAAAUACCUAGAAGAUUCAGUUCCUGUCUCUGGUAGACCACCUGACUGAGCACGUUUAAGGCGCGUGUAUACCAGUCUUCUCGCCGAUGCGCCUACUAUGAGUUCCUGGCGGCAGUGUCGAAUAUGAAUGCAGCCCUCGCCCUGAAACAGCACACAGAGUGCGAGAACAACCUGCCAUUCCGCCUGCGAAGGAACCUCGUGAAGCUUCAUUUUCCGUGGAGGCCUGGUUUGACAGGGGAUUGAUGCCCAAGGGCGACAGCCGCCAGCGCUUCCGUUGUGCUCCAAUGCGAACUCGGCUAUUCCAGACGAACAAGAGAGAGAGUACUGCGCAAAGCAGGCACUGUCCCAAGCAGAUGUGUGGUCAAAUCCCCAUCCUGUGCGCUUAUUUUCGUGCGUCGGCCGUUCAAUUUUUUUCGACAGUUGCAAGCAAUCACUUCUAAUCAUCCGUAUGUUCUCCACAAUGGGGCUUUGGCGAGUGGCGGGUGUGAAUGCCAGUAUUCGCCCCACAAGAGACAAACGGAAUAUUAGUGCGAGCACUUAUAUUUUGUUUGACUCGGGCAAUUGCGCUCACAAGCCGUCAAUCCGACAGCGAAACAGCUCCUCCAUAUCCCCGCUGAUAUCCGACUUGACCAAACGGUAUUGACGUCCGAAAAUGACUGCUGCCAGGACCUCCAAUGCGGAGCAUUCAGGACGGUGCACAAGCAUGGGGUCACGUUCGUGCGCUGUGCGCUUAUCUUCGUGCAUCACUCAUUCGAAGAGAGAGCCGCUCGCGAACCAUGGUUGCCAAGCAAGUUCCAUCGAAGAAAGCAAAGUGGAAGAUGAGCACCAGCAGGCGGCGCUAAGACAUGGAAUUGUGAUGAAUAUGUGGUUUGUGGCGAACGGGCAAAAAACACUUCUGUACUGUCUGUCGUCGUGGAAGCCGCAAGUCAAAGAUUUGACUUUCACCACAAAUUCCGGAGGAUAAAUUUGUUUGAGCGGGGGCGGUGUGUGUUCCCUCGUUCCUCUUCCAUCAUUGUCGACGAUUCCCAGCGCAUCUCAACCUCACAUCACUGAUGGAAGACCACUAUCCUCCUCUUCACAGUAAUCUCAUCGUAUCUCCAUUGUCGGGCGGAACUGCAGAAAGUGGCAGCGGCACCACACUGACUCCUGUUGGAACGCCCGCGUAUAGAACUGCGAUCACUGCCGGUAGUAUGAGACCACGGGUAGAGAGUUGGACACUGAAAUUGGAUCCUCGGCUUCUUUCUCCUUCCCCUCGCAUGGUCACUCACAAUGAGCGCGGCGUCUCAAAUUCGAUUCAUCCGUUACGAAAUGACCAACAAGACCAGCGCCAUCGGCUUGUUUUCCUGGAUGGUCCUACUAGACGGCAAAUCUCACCUGGCUUCACCGAAUUCGAAAAAUCAUCCCAAGGCUAUCCCCUUCCCACACGUCAAAUCAGUCAGAGAUCUACCAUCGUCGAUAUACAUAAUCGUCCAAAUCGUUACGGAACUUACCCACGCACUCUAUACGAACCCUACUCGAUGCCAGUGUCUCAAUCCCGCGACAAUCACCACCCCCUCUGUAACGAGCCAUUGGUCUAUCGUCGCCCUCCAUUCGAUGGACACACAGACUAUCAUCAUGCCCAACUAGAAGAGCCUGCCAUGCUGCGCUACCCCAGCCUCAUUCCCCCUGUCCAAACCCUCCCCGACAACCACACAACCGCCCUAUCGAGCCCGGAGAGUAGACGGAUUUGCAAUAGCUGCUUUGACCGUCGCUUGGUCUGUGACGGCGAGUUCCCUUGCAACACUUGCCAGAGGAUCUCCAGGCCAUGCUCUUACAUCGGCCGUCCUUUCCAGCAGUUCAACGCCUCUAUACAGCCCGAAACUCGAGGCAGUCAGGCGGAAUUUCGCGUUCUGCCAGAUACGAUGCCACCCCACCGUCCAAAUGUACCCGGGACGGACCUCCCAACGACAUCCUCACAUCGUAUUGUCUACCUUCACGAUGAUGUCCCCAGGAUCAGCGGCAUCCACUGUAUUCAUGCAGUGCAAGAUAUCAAGAUCAUUCAGCCUAUGCGUACGCCUCCUGCAUCACAUGCGACUUCCGAGACGAUAGAAGGACAGGCGGAGACAUGGCCCUGUGAACGUUGCAAGAAACACAUUGACGAUCAUAUCCAUAUGAGGAAGAAGUCGCCAAAAUUGUGUUACUUAUGUUGGUUGCUUGAGCGGCGCCAUCCAACCAAGCAUAAGGAUAUGAAGCACUACCGUCAGGGCGGCCCGUGCGCACAGUGUGGAACAACUUGGGCACCGGUGUGGAGGCGUGGGCCAGCCAAAGAAUCACUGUGUAAUGCUUGUGGCCUCCGUGUGAAGGGGAGGGAAAAAAUGGACAAAAGCAAUUGGAAUUAGAACUUGCUGCCAUUUUAUAGUACAUUCUGUCUUUCCAAUAUGUUGGUAUAUGUUGUAUUGCUCAUUUCCUGUCUUUUAUACAUGAAUGACAUGUCUCAGCUUUGGUCAAU